AUGGCUCAGCAGCCAUCGACACCUGUCAAGGUGCCCUCAUCGGCGGCCAACCACACACCAGCAACGCUGGAUCCGGAUCUGCGGUCGCAGAUUAACACUGUCCUCCUGCGUGACGGUCACGUUGCCAAAAUCCAGGAAGCCCUCCUCCACACCCUCAACUCACACUCCUCCAACUGGCCCACCGCCGUCCAAUCCCACGCCAUCGCCCUGCUCCGUUCCGGCGAGGAAACGACCUACCCCGGCCUCCUCAAGCGCGUCCUCGAAGACGUUCGCGCCGACUCGACCUCGUCCUUUUCCGCUUUCCCCUCUACCACUGCCGCCUCCUCCAAAAAUGGCGCCAAGGCCCCCAACGGCGGCCUAGCCAAGAAACCCAACGGCAUUGACGCCGGCACCGACAGACCCAACCUCGCGCUGCCCGAGGACGUCGUCGAAGAGGCCCUGCGCGCCACGAAGGAGAGUCUCCUCGCCGUCUGCGAGAUUGAAGACGGCGGCAGCUGA